AUGACCGACUAUCAACCAUACAAGAACGCCACGCGCGCCAAGGGUCGCGUCGUUGUGAUUGCUGGCGGCGCAACUGGCAUUGGGAAGGAAAUCGCAUUGACGUUUGGGAAGCACGGUGCGAAGGUGGUAGUAGGAGACUUGGACAUAUCCGGAGGGAAGACCGUCUUCGGCAAAAUCAAGGAGCAUUUGUCGCCGACUUACUACGUGCCAGGACGUCACUCUUCGCUAGCGAUGCGGUCUUCUUGCGCUGCGAUGUGUUGA